AUGCCUAAAUUUAUGCAAAUCCUUUUAGUUGCCUUCUUGGCUUUGGGUUUGGUUGCCGCCGAACCAAAACGUUUCCAAGGUAGACGUAAUCGUUUUUUGGCCCGUCAAGAAGUUGAAGAACCAGUUACUCCUUAUCCCACCGCUGAUGAAUUGAAACCUGAAGUUCCUUUCGAUGAAGCUGUUGCUGCUGAAGGACAAACUACAUUCACACCUGUUGCUGCCGAAGGUGAAACUCCCUUCACACCUGUUGCCGCCGAGGGAGAAACUCCCUAUACACCUGAUGAAGUUUAUGGUCCACCAGAAGAAGAUGAAGCUGUCGUAGAUACUCAAGAUGUUGUUGAAGAAGAAUAUGUUCCAACUGAAGAAGAAAUUGCCUCUGCUCGUUUAACUUCUCGUCGUGGCGCUGUCCGCAAAGCUGCUGUUCGUCCAGCUAAAUUGCGCAAACCUAUCCAUGCCCGCCCCGCUAAAUUGCGUAAAGCUGCCCCAGCCCGUCUCCAAGUCCAGCCACAUUACGUUCCUCAACCUAUCUUCUAUUAUAUUUCCCAAUAA